CGGCAAAAUGGCGGGUGGUCGGUCGCUGUGGCUGCUGCUCCCGAGCCGCGCGGCGCUGCUGAUUGGCUCCGCCUCUUACUGGCUCGGCGUCUACUCGCUGACCGCCGCCAUGAGCGGCCUGAUGCUGCUGCGCCUGGCCUGCCAAGCCGUCAGAAGGCCGCGGGAGGUGUUCCGGUGGCGGGCGCGGCAGAGCCCCCCCUCCUGCCUCAGCGACCCGUCGCUCGGCACCCGCUGCUACUUCAGGGCCAAGGACUCAGGGCUGCGGUUUCACUAUGUGGCGGCCGGGGAGAGAACCAAACCACUGAUGCUGCUCCUGCAUGGCUUCCCGGAGUUCUGGUACUCAUGGCGUCACCAGCUCCGUGAGUUCAAGAGCGAGUACCGUGUGGUGGCUGUGGACCUGCGUGGCUACGGCGAAUCCGAUGCCCCCACAGGAAAGGAGAACUACAAGAUGGAUUAUCUGCUGACAGACAUCAAAGACGUCAUUGAAGCUCUAGGUCAACGCAGCUGUAUUCUGGUAGGACAUGACUGGGGUGGUGUGCUGGCGUGGAACUUUGCGAUUUAUAAUCCGGCGAUGGUGGAGAGAUUGGUCAUCCUGAAUGCUCCUCACCCAGCGAGCUUCCAAGACUACAUGUUCCGGCAUCCAUCCCAGCUCCUCAAGUCCACCUACAUCUUCUUCUUCCAAGCACCGCGGCUUCCCGAGCUUACCUUGUCUGCCAGCGAUUUCCAGGCUAUCAAGAAAGCAUACACAAGCCGGAAAAUGGGGAUCCAGAACAAGAGCUACCAACUGACGGAAGCAGAGUUGGAAGCUUACGUCUACACUUUCUCCCAGCCUGGGGCACUGACUGGACCUCUCAACUACUACCGCAAUGUCUUCAGCAACGUCCCUGCCAAGUGCCACAAUGUGUUGGCGCCCACCCUGGUCAUCUGGGGAGAGAAAGAUGGAGCCCUGGAGGUGGGGAUGACUGAGUUCAUGGAGCAGUACGUACAGAACACAUUUCGACUUAAGGUCGUGCCUGGCGCCAGUCACUGGGUCCAACAGGAUCAGCCUGAAGUGGUCAACAAACUCAUUUGGACCUUCCUCACAGAGAGCAAUAAGUAACCUGGACUCUUCAAUCCUACCUCAGAACAGCACGUCUAAUAGAUUUUUCCACAAGCGCGUCAAUGAGAAUAAUUGGGCAAUUUUAUGUAUUAUAUUCGCUAAAGCAGAAAUGAUCGGGGUUUAUAUGGGCCUAGCAGUGAGUAUGAUAUAUAAUAUAUAUAAUAAUAUGUAAAUGCGUCUAUUACUGAUCCAAAUCGAAAUGUUUAAUCAUAAGUUGCUGCUGAUUGAUCGAUUGAAAAUGGUGGAUGGGUGGGUUGGUUGAUGACAAGCUUAAAAGAAUGACUGAUGAGAGAGAGAGAGAGAGAGAGAGACGCGGAAUGCACAGGAAGAAAGGAUUGAAUGGGGUUCAAUUGGUUUCAGCGAGGACAGAAACGCCACCUACCUCCCCGCACAGGAGAUAGUUUCACCGAAUCCUAGAACGUUUCAGUACAGUGACAGCCCAUCAAGUCUGCACUAAUGCUUCUCUCCAAAUGGGCUUAUCAGUUCGUCUGCUCCGCACUCUCUUCGAUGGGAUAAAGGCACAAAGCAAAAUACUGCGGAUGCUGGAAAUCUGAAAUAUAAACAAGCAGUCGCUGGGAAGGCUCAGCGGGUCAGGCAGCGUCUAUGGAGAGAGGAAAGAAAGUGAGUCAACAUUUCAGGUUGAUGAGCUUUUGUCAGAACCUUUAAUACGAAUCGUGUUUCCCUGGUGGGGAACUGUGGGUAUGUGCGGUGGGGCUUUUUUUUCGUAUCGAGCUAUAUUACUAUUGCAGGAGAAGGUCAGUGCAUUUUGCGGUUGUUUUCUUCUGGACCUCCUAUACUUGUGCAAUAUAUAACCCGAGCAGUUUGUACACUUUUGUUUGUAAAAAAAAACUUUCUUUGUUUGAAACUUUGAUUUGAUCUUAAUUGCGGACAUAUAAUGAUAAUCCUCGCAUUCGAUAUAGCGCUUUCAUGUCUUCGAGACGUCUCAAAGCGCUUCACAGAAUAUACUGUAAAGUGAAUUGACUGUAUUUGAGGACAAAAUGCGGCAAUUUAUAGUGGCAAAAUGGGAACCAACUUUUCUGCGGGUAGCCAUCCCUUCAAAAUAAAUAAAUAAUAUUAAUAAUAAUUUGGUCGCUUCAUCCACGACUGUUUGUGGGGACGCCGCUGCGCACCGUGUUUCGCCCGCAAAGUAUACAGUCAAUUCACUUUGCAAUAUAAUCUUUGAGACGUCUCGAAGACGCGAUAAGGCGCUGUUAUCAAAUGCGAGGGUUAUUAUUAUUACAGUGACGUAUGAAUCACUGCUUCACCUACAAUCAAGCCAGAUGUUUUGACGUUGAUUUUUCAGUCAUGCGAACUUCUUGCGAUAACAUACUUUAUUUCAGUCUCUGAUGAUGCGUCCUGUCCAACGUCACAAUCGAGGAAACAUUCAAAUAAUGCAAUCGUGUGCACUUGUCCAAUCCUGCAAUUAAAAAGAAUGAAAACGGA